GGAGGCAAUCCGUGGCAAGGGGCAGUUUAGAGCACAACACUUGCAUCCCGUCUCGUGUUCCCCUACGUCGUGCUUCCCAUAGACAGCUUCUGCUUAUUGCAUAAUUAAAUAAUCCUUAAAAUAUGCUUACAACAUUGGCUAAGUAUUAUAUAAUGGUGAAAUUUCACUUUACUGUUCAUUAGCGGCAAAGCGAUCAUGUUCGAAGUAUUUGCGAGGAUUUCGCUGUCUUCCGGUGACUGUUGCUAGGCAAUAUGAAACUUUGUGUUUGUUCUUCGGUUUCUCGCGGUGAAAGCAUAGCGCUGACUACGCUAACAUUUUUUUGCUGUUUUAAUAAAGCUUCGUGUUAAAACGGAUGAACUAGUAUGAGCUUAUAGACGUAGGAUAGUGAACUAGAUCUGCGAAACCAAGCAACCUUCUUACAGACCUUUGAAAGUGCUUCUAGGUCUUUUUACAUGUGAUAUUCUUUUGGUCUGCUCGGUGCAAUUAACUAAAAAUAGGAGGUUGUGUGGUAUCCAGUUUUGCUCGUUAAGGUUAAUAAGUAAGUACAGAGUUUUGAGGAUGUGUGCUUACAGGACGAUGGAUGGGGCUGGCUGUGUGACCUGGUGGGGUUUCAGUCCAGCCUUAGAUCUUGUCAGCCUUGGAGCAGUUAGACAGAAGGGUCGGGUGAAUGUGUUGCUUGUCGGCAGUGGAGACCCAAGACAUAUCCUCAAAACCAUCGCCCACCUGAGCUACACCGAUACCCUACAUGUGUGGGUGGUAGAAAACUGCCUGGAAGUGGUAGCUAGGCAGCUGUUGCUGCUCUAUCUGGCCCUCACUCAUCCACGCAGCAUGGGGUUACAGGAGAAAACCGAGGUAUUCCUGGAGAUCUUUGGGAACAGUGAGGUCCGCAGUCAGACCGAGCAGGUGCUUAGACACAUGGCCAGGCAGCUUUCCUUGGGUGUUACAAACACACUCACAGGCCUUAACAACUCCUGCCUGGACACUACUCAUCUUAGGUUUAAGGACCGUGAUGAUCUGGACAGGAUAUUCAAACAGUGGAUACGUCCACCCUCACCAGCACCUUCCAUAUCAAAGGUCUGGGACAGCCGGGUUAGGCAGCACCUGGGCACACGCUACGAUUCCAGACUGGGAUGCUUCGACUGGGAUCUUAUGAUGAAGCUGCAUCAGAGGCAUUGUACAGUUAUUAACAAGCAGCAGUAUAUCAGGUGGAGGGAGCGAGGGGUGGCUUUUGAGAUGAGGGAGGGUCUUUAUCAAUCCACCAAUCACAGUCUGCUUUCCACCCGCAUACUCAGUCGAAGGGGAGACAGAGUGGCAGUUCGUGGGUACUGGGGAGAUAUUGUUUCCAGCCCCUAUCUCUCUUUCGGCAUUGAAACGGACAACAAGACUCUUAUGAAGACACAGAACGGGCAGCAUACCAAGACAGCCCAGGAUAUCUCUUAUCACAAUGUCCAGGAGCUGUUACGUUCGCUUUCCAGCAGGGGUCUGUCAUCUUCUCAUGAAGAGAUGCAGGAAGCAAAUGCUCAGGACAGCCUAGAAGUUCCCACAUCGUCUUUGUCUGAAGACGCUCAGAAGUCGCCUAAUGAGCUCCUGACCCUCUGUGGAGUAAAUGUGACUUUCCUUCCUGUGGAUUCAUUGUCUAAACUUCCUGACAAACAAAAGUACAGUUGUUUGUUUGACAGCAUAUACUGUUCUGCCAGCAUGGUUCACCAGCUGGGCCCAUCACUGAGACUAAUUGCUGCACCUAAGGCUGUCCUUGCUGUGGAACUUGCAGACUACCUGCUAGAUCUUUCUAAGGAGCAGGUCGCUGGAUUUUCAGAGAAAGUUGACGACAUUGCCCGAGGAGCAGGGUUCAAGCCAUUGGAGGAAGUUAGGGGCAUUUUUGCCACAUAUACACUGCAAGAGGAAUGAACCCUGGUGACUAUGAUCUCCGGACAUCAUUUCUGUUUCAGAUUGUCUUGGCUGUGUUGCUUGUUACUUAUUUUUAUCGUGUGGUUAUUAUUAUUCUUUCUGGAACACUUUGGUAGUGAGAUUGACAGUCACUGGUAUGUGCUUACACUCCUCAUUGCAUUCACCACUAGCACAGUCUUCUUAUUGUUAGUGACUUCCUGUAACCGAUCAACUGAUUAUGUCCAGAUCAAUAACUUGGAAUAUCUGACAGCAUAACUCAUUUAAUUUGGUUAAAAUAUUAACAUUUCUCGGGCUUCAUCGGUAGUGAUGUGCUAUCAGUUGCAUGCCCUUAUAUGCCCUUUAUUAUAGUGAACAGACUACUUGAACAUAAUUAGUAAGUUUUGAUAUUACUGCUAGCUGUAGUGUGUUUCUUUCCAAACAGACUAAACUUACAUUAAUGUAUUAGUUUGUGUUAUUCUGUGAUUAUACAUAUUUUUUGUUGUAUGAAUGGACAAAUUGAAAGGAAUAAGUAUUUUAUUUUUCUUGUCAAGUUUAAUUUUUAUCCAUUUUGGAUGAAUGCAUUUAAUUGCGUUGUCUUCUACGUCCAUCAGCCCCCAACUUUCCCUUUGCUCUUUUUACUGAAAAUGGGUUCAUUUGUAUCACUGAAUUGCAAAGAGCCAUGAGAACUACAAGUAACACAACCAUCCAAUCACAAUAUAAAUAUGCAUGUAAAUGGAAUACACACUGUAGAUGUUAUGAACCGUAUUAGGUGAGCAGGCAGGGAGCAGGGAAUCAAGGUCAGGUUUUCCAUAACAAAAGGAGUUUAUUUGGGGCAAACGGGGAACCACACUGGACAUACAUCAAUGACCGGCCUGGGGAAACAGACUUAAACUCGGACUGAAAUACACAAGACCAACGACAGGAAACGUAGAACAGCUGGCAAACGGAAGGAUUCCACACGGGGUUAACGAGGUGGCCGUGGUCCACGAGAGGGCUGGACGGAGGGACGUGACAGGAUUCCCUAAAAAAGUGGCCCAUAACAGUCAAAUGUUUGGCCCAAACUUUGUAAAUCAAAUUUGAAACAACUGUAUGAUUGUCACGGAAAACGGAACAGAGAGGAUCGGAUCCUGGAUUGCAACCCCACAAAAGGUUUAUUAUUACUCGCCCAACUACAGCACCGAAAGGGACAGGCAGAAAGCAAGGUCGAGGGACAGGCGGAAUGGUUGAAAGCCGGAAGGUCAGUUUUACACGUAGGCACGGGACACGACCACACGGGGAGGUGGGGACGAGACGUGCCGGGCUCGGCAGGAAGGGCAGGUCAGGUACGGGAACGGGUCUGGAGAGGGAAGGAGAAACAGGUAAGGAACAUACACUGGGCAAACAGAUUAGGUCAGGAGCAAGGGUAAGACGAUAGACUAGAGAGUGAUUGUAAGGCUCGAGUACAUCGGUGCAAUACUUCGCGUUGGCCAGCUGUGAUCGGGUUGCCUUUAUCCCUCCAGUUAUUAGCCCUAACCUCCCACACUGUGUAGGUCCCGCCUGUGUGGGUGUGACAAUGAUAAUGUUAUCCACAUAUACAGUGCUCAGCAUAAAUGAGUGCACACCCUUUGAAAUUAAAUCUUUUAAUUUCUAAGUGAUUAUGAGGACGAUUAGCUGUAUUUUUACAAAACAGUUAAUUAAACUUUGAUUGUAUCAACAUAAGGGUAUUAUCACCUUUACUUCUUUAGGAUAAUAAAAAUGAUACAUUUUAUUCAAAUAAGGUGAUGCAAAAAUGAUUACACCGCAAAGAAUGUCUCAGCAGAAAAACUUAAUAGCAUUGUCAUUUACAGGAAUUGACCAACACCUGUGUUUCUUUGUAAUGUGUAACUCACCAUGUGAGUUAAUAGUGUUUGUAAUGGGACCUCCCCACAUUGUCCUGUCUCUAUGUAAACAACGAUUAGUGAACAGCCAAAUUAUAGACAAUCACUGCUCUCCCGUAUAGAAAUAUUUUCCUGUUCAUAUUAUUUUAACAUUUUUUUUUUCAGUUUCAUUCAUUGCAUUUCAUUUUUGACCUUUGUAAUAUGGGUAUGCUUUUAAUUAUAUUGGAAUGAAUUGGAAUGCCAAUAUGUGAUUUUUAUAGACUUUGUUGUAUUUAUUAAAUGACAUGAGUAAUGAGA